AUGUAUAAAAAUAAGACUCGCAGUGAAGCCUACCUUUUGUGCAACACUUUUGCAGAAUUUGAGACGAUGUCCGCCGAAGACAAUGUCCGGGUUGUGAUCCGAUGCCGACCACUAUUGCCAGACCUCGAGUUAAACCAAGACAUCUGUGUUGAGACGGAUAGCGACGGACAAACCAUUCGAGUUUCCGCCCGACAGUUCACAUUUGACCGAAUAUUCGGCAUCGAUUCGACACAAACAGAUGUGUUCACACAUUCGGCUAAACAUAUCAUCGAUUGUGUACUUCAGGGAUACAAUGGUUGGUAUGGUACAAUCUUCGCUUACGGUCAGACGGGAACCGGUAAAACAUAUACCGUUUCGGGAAUACUGUCCAAA